GAUGGCAUGUGGAAGGUGUGUUGCUUUCAGAUGAAGAGCCUGAGGAUGGAGGGACCUGGGGUGGCUGGGAGCUGGAGAGAGAGACCCAGGACGGAGGCUCUGGUCCUGUGGAAGUGGGAGGUUGUCUUGGAGGGGCUGGCUGUGCCUGGCGCGGCUCUGGCGCCGCCGCCUGGGGGCGUCGGGCAGUGAGCCCUGUGGAUCGGGGCGACGGGAGACCGCCUCCCAGCGCUGGUCCCGGUACCUGCUGGGGGCGGGAAGGAGAGGGGCACAGGGCGCCGAGAGGCGGGCGCCGAGCGCGUGAGUCACUUCGCUCUCCUGGGUUAGGAGCGGGACUUCGCCUUCCUCCCGGGGUCUGCAUUUCUGCUCCAGCUUCCGCGGCUCCCCGCUGCACCCCGAUUCCCCUCCUGAGGCCGGACCAGCCGCCUUUCGGUCUAGGUGAGGGCCAGGUGUGCUGGCCGAGUACCAUCAAUUAUACACAUGAAUGCAGUCAAUCAGGUCGGAGUGCCCUAAAUUCCAAGUGAAAGUUCCUUAAGUCUGAGGUAUCUGUGUAAAAGGCCUCACUCAUGGAAUGGAAGCUCCACUCUCGAUGUGGCAUCGUUGAGUAUACUGGGACCUGAUCAUCCUUGCAUGGGUUGUAAUCCAUGUGUGGUCCACUCUGGCAGAGGCAAGCUGAGAAGACCCAAAGCUACUCUUUCCUUUUACAGUAUUUUAAUCAUUCUGUCCCAGGGGAUCUGAUUCCUGCUUUGCAGCUUUCUGAAGAACCCAAGUUGAGCAUCAUUAGUGAAAUUCAGCCGCUGUCUGACUACACAUCACAGUAAAGCUUUGGAAAAUUUUUCUUUUUUUUUAGUUAAAACAAUAAUGACCUUCUUGGAACACAAUUCCAGUAGAGUCUGUUUUCUGUGUAUCGUGGAAGACUAUCUAGCCACCAUCAGCAAUUCUGCAGAGACUUUAUAAAAACUACUUUCACCAAACUUGAACCGAGUGACUCUGAGUUGGCCAGGGGGAACCCCAGCAAUCGUCCACAUCAUUUCACCCUCUGGAAGAUUCAACCAGUGAGUCCUACUCACAGCUGCCACUGAAAUAUCAUGUCUAAGAAUUCGGAAUUGAUCAAUCUGUCAUUCUUAUUAGAUCAUGAGAAGGAAAUGAUCCUGGGAGUCCUAAAGAGAGAUGAAUAUUUGAAAAAAGUGGAAGACAAGAGAAUAAGGAAGCUGAAAAAUGAGCUUCUGGAGGCAAAACGUAGAAGUGGGAAGACUCAACAGGAGACCAGCAGAGUCUGUGUUCACUGUCAGAGAAACCUGGGCCUCAUUUUUGACCGGGGAGACCCGUGCCAGGCCUGCUCACUGAGGGUGUGCAGUGAAUGUCGUGUUGUGGGCCUCAAUGGCAGCUGGAAAUGCACUGUCUGCGCCAAAGUCGCGCAGCUAAGGAUUAUAACUGGUGAAUGGUUCUUUGAAGAAAAGGCAAAGCGUUUCAAGCAAGUGAAUGUUCUGGGCACUGAUGUUGUCCGGCAGUCCAUCUUAAGAAGAAGUCCAGGAUCUGAAGAAGUACGAAGCCAAGAACAAACCCGCCAGGAUGUGGAGAAAUCAGACACUUCGCCUUCUGUUGGGCGGAAAGCCAGCCAUGAUGGGCCCAAGAGAAAGGGAUUUCUACUUAGCAAGUUCAGAUCAGCAACCAGAGGAGAAAUCGUAACUCCAAAAAUUGAAAGUGGGCGGAGCUACAGCUUGGAUUUCGACAGCCAAAAUUUUCGCAGUUUAAAGUCAGCCCCUGGUUCAGACAGAGGAAGCAUCGGUUCUUCAGAUCUCAUGGACCAAGAGGUCAGACCUGGGACCCCAAAGAGCAUCUGGAGCAAUGGUAUGACCCCAGUCACUCAGAGGUCACCAGCCCCAAGCACUCGAAGUGUGGCCUCAAUCAGCAGCAGAGAGCGUGGUUUUGAACAUUCCAUGGGUUUGGCUGCCAUUGAAAGCACCUCUGAGGAGCUUACAAAGAGUCACCGCAGAAACACUUCAGGCACGCCUUCCAUUGAAGUGUCUGGGACUUCCCUCUCCUCAGACCGGAGUCGAUCUGAGUUAGAUUUGAGUGAAUCAUUUACAGAAGACUUAGAAGAUACUGUAAGCAUAAGAAGCAGAUCGGUCCCUGGGACUUUAGACAAAGACUUGAUCUCCUUGGAAGACACUGAAGGCGUUGACUUAGCAUCCUCCCAGUUUUCUGCAAACACCCACAGUCUGGCAGGUGGCCUGUCAACCAAUGCUCAAGCAGGCUCUGACAGGAAGUGGACCUACCUAAAUGUACCUGAUGCUGAUUCAGACACUACCAGCCUUAACAGCAUGAUGAGUGUUUACAGUGAAACAGGAGACUAUGGCAACGUGAAGGUCAGUGGCGAGAUCCUUCUGCACAUCAGCUACUGCUACAAAACUGGCGGGCUCUACAUUUAUGUCAAGAAUUGCAGAAAUCUGGCCAUAGGAGAUGAAAAGAAACAGAGGACAGAUGCUUAUGUCAAGUCAUACCUUCUUCCUGACAAGUCCCGGAACAAUAAGCGCAAGACCAAAAUCAGAACAGGCACCAAUCCAGAAUUCAAUGAGAUACUAAAGUACACCAUCAGCCAUACCCAAUUGGAAACGAGAACUCUGCAGCUCUCAGUCUGGCACUAUGAUCGAUUUGGACAUAACAGCUUCCUCGGAGAGGUGGAGAUUCCUUUUGACUCAUGGAACUUUGAAAAUCCAUGUGAUGAGUGGUUUGUGCUUCAGCCCAAGAUGGAGUCUGUUGCUGACAUUGGCCUUCAAUACAUAGGAGAACUAACAGUUGUUUUGCGAUACAUUCCUCCAGAGGAUUACCUGAUGCUUCCACAUGGACAGCUUCAAGUGGCUGAUGCAGGAAAGAAGACCUUUAAAAAGGGAAAGAAAAAGGAAUCACCUGUAAUGUCUGGAGGAAUACUAGAAGUGUUCAUCAAAGAAGCAAAGAAUUUGACAGCGGUGAAAUCAGGAGGCACCUCUGACAGCUUUGUGAAGGGCUACCUGCUCCCUGAUGACAACAAAGCCACAAAGCACAAAACUAUGGUCGUAAAAAAGAGUGUUAAUCCUCAGUGGAAUCAUACUUUCAUGUUCAGUGGCCUGCAUCCCCAGGAUAUAAAGAAUGUUUGCCUAGAACUUACCAUCUGGGACAAGGAGGCCUUUUCCAGCAACAUCUUUCUAGGAGGAGUUCGUUUGAAUUCUGGAAGUGGUGUGAGCCAUGGGAAGAAUGUGGAUUGGAUGGACUCUCAGGGGGAAGAGCAACGCCUUUGGCAAAAGAUGGCAGACAACCCUGGAACCCCUGUGGAGGGGAUACUCAUGCUCCGUUCCAGCAUGGGGAAGUGUAGGCUCUGAAGGAAGCAGUUCUUCAAGGAUAACUGGGGAUUGUCUGUCUGGCUGCCAUUUCCUACCAGUAGUCCAAGUCUAGGACCUUGGACUCUGUUUCCCUGCCAUUUUUCACCUGAGGGUAUUGGGACAGGAAGGGAGAGAUGUCAGUGUUAUGAACACUCAGGAUCUUGCUGAGUGCCAAAAAAAAAAAAAAAAAGAAAAGAAAAAAAAAAAACCAUGCACUUCUGUUUGUCCAUGGACCAGAGCCUCCUUGAUUAGAUAAUAGAAAGUAUACCACACUGUCCUGUCAAUAAGCAAAUUGUGUAGUGGUUCAAAGGCUUUAUAUGGUAACAGAAAUGGCACAAGCUUAUUUAAAGCAAUUAGAGAUUGGAGUCUCCAAUCUUUUUCUGAGUUACUUUAGGUUUUCUCAAAUAGUUGGAGCAGAAAGGAAACCACUAAGAAGGCAGAUCGUUUGAAGAGUUAAAAGCAGGCAUACUGGCCACCCUUUGCUCACCUUAGGAAUUCCUGAGAUCCAAAGAAGGAGCGAUGGGGGAUGGUUUCCCGGAUAAGGGCUGUUCCUGUUAUGGUAGCAAACUUAAAUUGAGCAGGCAGUGUUUCAAGAUGGACUGACAGGGUUUGCUCUGGUGACUAUAGCAUUCAUCUUCUAAAUCAGCCUACUUUUGACAGAAGAGAGCUCAGUAAUUAUAUCACCACAACAGAUCACAACAGAUGUAGACUAGAAUGGACCUGGGUAAACUGGGAUAUAUAGGGUCACCCUACUGAUGACCUAACUAUUAACUCUGUUAUAAACAUUUAUUUUUAGAAAUGUUCUAAGCCAUUAACUAAAAAGGAAUAAGAAAAAAAAAAGGGCAAUCAAUACAUCUUUUCACAUUUUGUUCAUUGAGACAAGUUUAAAGUUUAAUGCUGCUAUUUCAUUUCUGCCUCUCUGUUUUUUUUUUUUUUGUUGUUUUUUUUUUGGUACCAAGGAUUAAAUCCAGGGUCAUUUAACCACUGAGCCACAUCCCCAGCCCUUUUUUCAUUUUUUAUUUAGAGACAGGGUCUCACUGAAUGGCUUAAGGCCUCACUAAGUUGCUGAGGCUGGCUUUGAACUCAGUGAUCCUCCUGCCUCAGCCUCCGGGGCCACUGGAAUUUCAGGCGUGGGCCACUGCACCUGGCUCAUUUCUAUACUAAUAUAGGAGUCAGAGACUAUUUGUUCUCUCCCUUUUAUGUUUCCCUCCCCCAAGUUCUCAUUAGCUCUUUUGAUAGUGGUUAGCUAUGGUCAUAAUAUUGCUGAAUGAAAACUAUGCCAAAUGUCAGUGACUGAAAACAACAACCUCUUUUUUCCUCAUAGUUAUGUAGCCUGCCUAGGGCAGCUCUGCUUCCUGCUACAGGCCUGAGAGUCUAGGUCUGCAGCUUGUAUCUGUUUCUUGGAUGAAACAGAAUGAGCGCCACUGCUCAACUACAUUUAGAUCGCCUGCUUGUGUCAUGUCUCAUUGGUCAAAGGAAAUCCAUAUGGCCAAGCCCAAAAGUCAGGAGGCAAGGAAAUAUACUUUGCCCACAUUGAAGCCAUGAUAAGAAUGAGCAUGCAGGAAGGGAUACAAAAAUUGGGGCCAAUAAUUCAAUUUGUUGUAUCUUCUUUACCUGGAAUUCCAGAUACUUGAGUCACCAAACUUAGAUUCAAAGGUAGUUAUAGCUAAUUCUAAUUCAGGCCUGGUUCUUCAUUUUGAGAAUUCUAAAUCUGAAGCCCAGUGAGCUGAGAUGACUUGCCCAAGGUCAUGGGGAGGCUGUGGCAGAAUCUGAACUUCAAUCUUAGGCCAGUGUUUGUCCCAUUGCAGUCCUUGACAUGAUUCUAUGCUUAUUAAGGUGGACACAGGGCAUAUAUCAAGGAAGAUAGGUGAGAGUCCGAUUACUUGCGCAUGAAAUGCAUGACCUAGGAAUGUUCUGGAGCCAUAGUCUGGCUCCUCAGCUCAUUUUCUCACUUGAAUACAUAUAAAAUCCUUAAAAGUAUAGAAGGGCUGGGGUUGUGGCUCAGUGGUAGAGCGCUUGCCUUGCAUGUGUGAAGCCCUAGGUUCGAUCCUCAGCACCACAUAAAAAAAUAAAUUAAUUAAAUAAAUAAAGGUAUCAUGUCCAUCUACAAUUUAAAAAUAUUAAAAAAAGAUUAAAAGGUAUAGGAACUGAAUUUUAAUAGUAGGAGAACCAGAAUCAUGUUCAGGUUUCUUCUGGACAGUUGUUCUAUUAUUUUUAGACUGCCUCUUGAACUUUGAAAAUUGAUUGAAGAAUUUAUGUAGUAUUAUUCUUCACAAAGGAAUUAAUAAUCCAUUUUCAAUAUUGUUCAAAAAUAGGCCAUCUAAUUCUAGAAAACUGACGUAUUUAGUCUAGCAUCACUUAGAAAGUACGGUACUUUAAAAAACCACACUCAUAUCUUCAUGUUGCCUUUUUUAAAAGCAGAAAACAAAAGGUAGAUGAUCAUCACUACUUCCCACAGAAGAAAAAAAUUGUCUUCAGACUUGAUGUGACUCAUUCUGUCUUCAGUGACAUUUUUAGGGGAAGUAGUGAUGAAGUCUAGAGAUAUCUCUGAAGUAGAUACAACAAAGUAGAUUUAUUCACUAAUAAUAAAUGUGGCAAAAUAAUAAAUCCCCAAAUUUAUAACUUGAAUUCAAGAAGAACAUGAAAUUUAUAUGUUCAGAACUUUGCUGCAUUUUGAGCAAUUCUCUGUAUCAUGGUUUCAUAAAAUCCAACACCUAACUGGAUAUCUAUUAGACAAAAACCCAGAUAUGCAAAAGUCUAUCAGAAACCUCAUUUACCAAGUUGAGAUAAAAUAAUAAUUCAAAACAUAGGUAAUACUUAUGAAUGGCACAGAUUCCAAUAGUUCAAAAUUGUGAUAGAAAUAUAUAUAUCAACCGCCUUGUUCUUUUUUAUAGCUACCAGGUAUCACACUAUUGGAAUAUUUAUUUAACCAGGCCUGUCAAAUGCCAUGUUAAAUAUGGCUAACUAAGCCAUCUGUGCUUAAUGGCUUCUCUAAGCAAUGUUUGCUUUAAAAAUAAACACUCUGAAAUUCAAAAUGAGAUAUGUAUUUUUUCCAGAAAUUCCAUUUCUGGGCAUAUAUCCUAAAGAGAUAGGUGCAUAUGUGAGAAAUAAGUACAUAUAAGGGCAUUUAUUGCAAGAGAUUGGAAACAGCCCAAAAGCCAUAAGUCAUAAAUGCCUGCUCCAGACGCUCUCAUGCAAGCCCAAUCCAAUGAUAUGACCCACCUGCUAUGACUUUAAGAUCAAUUUUACUUAGCAACUGUCAUUGCUUACCAAUCAGAGCUUGCCUGCUCCCUAAAGUCAUUGCCAGCACCUAUGAACUUGCUUCCAAAAUAAUUUGUGUAAUCCCCUCUCUCCAAUAAAACCUUAAUCUUUUACUUAAUUCUCUGGCCAUACCAGAGAUUGUUUCAGUCUUAUGUCUGAUUGUAAUCCUGUGUUUUAUUCCCAAAUAAAAUCUUUUUCUUGGAAA